AACACAAAACAAAAUACAAAUGGGGCUUAGUUGGUGAAGAGGAAAGUGAUGAUGGAGGGUCGGAGUGAAAAUCCGAGGUCUUCUUACUCACAUUCACGGCGUCCACGAGGCCAGAAAUUGCAUUCCAAUGCGACCCAUCAAUCCAAAGUUUCAACUUUUGCUCAAAGGGGCACUUCUUCUUCUACUACCACUAGUAGUGCUUCUACCUCUUAUUUCAAUAACAAACAAGACGCUGCACAAGGAUCUUCCAAUUUUGGGCCUUUAGUUGGAACCUGUCCUUAUAUGUGCCCAGAAAGAGAGAGGAUCCAGCGUGAGAAAUUGCGAGAUUUGGCAGUUUUUGAGAGGCUAAAUGGUAAUCCUGGAAAAUCAUCCCCGGCCCUUGCAGUCAAGAAGUUUUGCAGAACUAUAUCCGCCAAAUAUGUUCAAGCAUCCGAUAUUCGGCCUCUUACUGUAUUGGAAGAUACUUUAAAUUACCUUUUGAGUCUGCUGGAAUCUAAAGAGCAUCCGUUUGAAGUAGUUCAUGACUUCAUCUUUGAUAGGACAAGGUCAAUACGUCAAGAUAUUACUAUGCAAAAUAUUGUGAGCAAGAAAGCAAUCUACAUGUACGAGGGAAUGGUGAAGUUUCAUGUUGUGUCACAUUACAAGCUUUGGUGUUCUAUGAGUGAUCCAAACAUCGCAUCAUUGCAUCAUCUCAACAUGGAACAACUCACCAAGACAUUGACAUCGUUAUUCAAUCUGUAUGAAGCAAAUCGAAAUUCAAAUUAUGUGCAUGAGAAUGAAGCUGAAUUCCAUUCACUAUACAUGCUUCUUCAUCUUGGAUCUUACAGCAAACCAAUGGCAGAGCCACUUUCUUUGUGGUUUAGUCAUCUAUCAGCUCCAGUAUUGAAGUCAAAAGAAAUGUGUUUUGCUAGGAGAAUCUUACGAUCUUUCCGACUUGGUAAUUAUAAGGAUUUCUUUAACACUGCAGCAGCUCAGGCAUCAUACCUGCAGUACUGCAUUAUGGAGCCUUAUAUCAAUGAAGUUCGUGCGCUGGCUUUAUCUUGCAUAAAUUUUGGGGGCUACAAACUUCAUCCAUAUCCUCUGUUCGACCUUUCAAAAUACCUCAUGCUAAAGGAAUCAGAUUUAGAAUCCCUUUGCAAUUCUUGUGGUCUCGAGACUUAUACAGAUGAAUCUGGAAAUAAGUUUCUUCCCACAAAGCAAACUACCUUCAGUCAUCCCAAAGGUGGGUUCCAGAACUAUAGUUUCUUGGGCUUGCAACAAUAUGAAAGGUAGCUUUAGAGCUUGCAGAUUUUAUGUGUGCAUAUUGGGAGAUUGGUGAUAAUAUCGGUUGGUGUUAUGUGUGUGACUACGAUCACUUGGAUCAACAUUAACCAGAUAUUCAUUCUCUAGUAUCUCUUUGUGGUGCUUUUGGGAAAAUUGGGAACAAAUUGUACAAUAGACACGCUUGUGCUUGACUGCUUGUGAAUAAUGUACAUGUGAGAUUAUAUUUGGUAUUUUACUAAUUUAAAACAUGGGAAAAGUGUUUGUCGUUUUAAAUGACAUAACUUGUGUCAUUUCACUCUCACAAAGAGGUGGAAC